CAACAACAAACCACUCACCCCACCCCCGCGCAUGCUCCUCCUACCAUGGAAUCCCCAAGCACGGCGGAGGAGCUGAGCCCGGGUGAAGAAAUGACAGAGGAGGAGAUUGCAGCGCUCGCGGCGGCUGAGGCUGCCGCGAAACGGCAACGUAGCUUCGAGCGAUCUCUCGCCGGACCAAGCGUGGGCAAGGCAGGGCUCACGCGCGAUCAGACAGAAAUCAAUCGCAUCAUCGCCGAGGCGUCCAAGGGUUCUAAAUACUAUUUGAACCAGGUGCGCAAAGACCAGGAACUCACCGAGAAGAUCGAAUGGUUCAAGGCGAAACGCGACGAGCUGGUGCGUGAAUCGCCGAUGGAACGUCUCGAGUCGGAUGCGGACCGUAUCCUCCUCGAGGUCGAGGCACUGCGCGACCUGUCACAGACGAUUGUGCAUUGCGAUUUAGACCAAUUCUACGCAUCCGUGGAACAGCAGCGCGAUCCGUCGCUCAAGGGGAAGGCGUUUGGAGUGGGCCAGGGAGUGCUCACUACUGCAUCAUACGAAGCGCGCAAGUUCGGAUGCCGGAGUGGCAUGGCGGGCUUCAUCGCGAAGAAGUUGUGCCCACAUAUCAUCCUCACCAACCUGCACUUUGAUCUGUACACGGCUGCCUCCAAUAAGGUGCGAGAGGUGCUACUACAAUACGACGAGAAUCUUAUGAUGGCGGGCCUCGAUGAGGGGUAUCUCAACAUCACGUCUUACAUGGCGACGCACAACAUGACGGCCAGUGAGGUUGUAUCCAAGCUGCGUGUGCAGGUCGAGGAGCGUACCGGCAUGACCAUCUCAGCAGGCAUCGCGCCGAAUCGCAUGCUCGCGAAGAUCUGCUCGGACAAGAAUAAGCCCAACGGGCAGUUCGAGAUCCAGUUCGACCGCGCCGCGAUCACCCGCUUUAUGCGCGACCUGCCUAUCCGUGUGACUUCUGCUGACAACUGCAACAUUCCGGGCUUUGGACGCGUCACAGAGCGCUGUCUUGAAGGUCUCGGUGUAGAAACCUGCGGCGAUAUCUAUAAGCGCCGCGCCGAACUGCUGGUCAUGAACCAUUGGUUCGGGUUUCGUGGCCUGUGCAAAGCGUACCUUGGCAUUGCAGACAACAAUGUCGAGCCGCACAAGCGAGGCGAGCGGAAGAGUGUGGGCGUCGAGCGGACAUUCCCCGACAAAACAGCAAACGACGACAUCCUACGCGAGCUCGAGAGUAUCGCCGAGGAACUGGAGAAGGACAUGGCCACGCUUCAAUAUGCUGGCAAGACGAUCACAGUCAAGUUCAAGUUACACACGUACGAGAGCAAGUCGAGGGCGCUUAGCGUCAAGAAGUUCACUGCGAAGAAGGAGGACAUACUGCCGGUCGCGGUCGACCUGAUCCGCAAGGAGUUCCCACUGCGUAUUCGCCUCCUGGGCAUCAGGAUGAGCAACCUCAAAGAUUUGACGGUGCCAGACACUGGCAUUCGAAAUUUCCUGAAACCCGGCACUUCCAGUUUCUCGCGUGAUGCCACGCAAGAGAACUUCAAUGAGGCGUUCCAGGGAGGAGAAUCGGCUGGGCCAAGUCCUAUCGCGCUUGACCCCAAUCCCGACGCCGGACCGGUGUGUCCCAUUUGCAGCCGGCGUCUUGGACCCGAAACGUCCAACGCCGACCUAAACGAGCACAUUGAUCUCUGUUUGAACCAUGACGCGUUCGCCGAGAUCGCUGAGGCGAUGCCGCUGCCAAAGCGGGUCGCGCCAGUGGAUACGCGUCCGCGGAAGAAGCGUAAAAGCUCGGGCUCGAGCUCUUCCAAAGUGGAGAGCAAGACAGGCAGGGGAAGUGUGCUCGAGUGGCUACGGCGUGGGUAAUAUUCCUGUAGGUCAAAUAAUCUGAUACCAUGCAUGCAGCUAUACCCUUU